AAGAGGGAUUCCCUAAACAACGAGACGGGACACAUUACAGCAUCAAAAUGCUCGGGUUUAGGGGGUUUUAUCGCAGUGUCACGACACCACUUCAUCACCAUGUAUUGUCUAAACACGGCAUAAGUACAACUACUAUAGCUCAUAAGAAAGUAGCCGUGGUUUUGUCUGGAUGCGGUGUUUUUGAUGGAAGUGAAGUGCAUGAGGCCUCAGCGUGCUUAGUGCAUCUGAGCCGUGGAGGUGCUGAGGUUGCAAUGUUUGCACCAGACAUGGAACAGAUGCAUGUUGUUGAUCACACCAAAGGAGAACCCAUGGAUCAAAAGAGAAAUGUUUUGGUUGAAUCUGCCAGAAUUGCUCGUGGUAAAAUAGAAAAACUAUCAGAUCUUCAAGCUGAGAAUUUUGAUGCCGUUGUUUUCCCUGGAGGAUUUGGGGCUGCAAAGAAUUUAUCUGAUUUUGCUGUAAAUGGUGCAGAUUGUUCAGUGCAGGCUGAUGUAGAAAAUAUUCUAAAAGAUUUUCAUAGUUCAAAAAAACCCAUAGGGUUAUGCUGCAUUGCCCCUGUUCUGGCUGCCAAGAUUUUGAAGGGUUGCGAAGUGACAGUGGGCUCAGAUAAAGAGGAAGGUGGGAAGUGGCCAUAUGCUGGAACAGCUGCAGCAAUCAACAGCAUGGGAGGAAAGCAUGUUUGUAAACAGGUUACAGAGGCACAUGUGGAUUCAAAAAACAAGAUUGUCACCACCCCAGCCUAUAUGUGUGAAACUGCAGUCCAUGAAAUAUAUGAUGGCAUUGGUAGCAUGAUCCAGAAUGUCCUAAAGCUGGUCGAAGACUAACUGAAGAGAUUUUUCUUUAUAAAGGCAGUGCUUUUGGAGUUGGACAUUCUUGCUGCAUGCUUCGUUUACAAAGUCCAGAAGUAUAUAAUAACAUGCAAAAGCAUACAUUUUUUUGUGUUGGUCACAUUAAAAGGACAUUCUUAUAGGUUCAACAGCCCUAAUACCUUUCGGAUGGGUGUUCCCCUCCCUUGGCCACUUUGAGGCUUGGGUAAAGUAGUCCUGUGGUUUACCUAGCUACUUCCAUGUACAAUUAAAUGACAAACACAAGCAAACAAGAAAAGCUUAAAUGUACACAUGUGGCUACUGCAUGGUACAAUGUACGGGUGGUCAGUGACAUGCAUAAAGGCAAGAUCCUGCUCAUUCUCAUUUAACACAGACUUAAGAUCUAAAUGCCAACUGCAAUCACUCAAAAAAUGUGGAAAAUUAUGAGGGGGAAAAGGGCCUCUUUUGUGUCUUUUGGCACAUUUUCUGCCCUCUCAAUGGUAGGAGGUGCCCUCUUAUAAAAUUGCCAUGUGUUAAAAUGUCAUUAUAGGCUGCACAGAUGUCACGUUUGCAUAAUCAUUGCUGUAAUGUAUUCAUACCUGAGAUGAAUAAAAUGUGGUGUAAAGAAUGUUAA